GCAGUUUGGCGUUGGCAUUCAUCACGCCGGGUUGUUAGGGGAGGACCGCACAGUGGUGGAGAACGCAUUUCUUUCAGGAAAGCUGCAGAUUCUGGUGGCGACUUCGACUCUUGCGUGGGGCGUUAAUUUUCCCGCACACAUGGUGGUGGUGAAGGGCACGGAGUAUUACGAUGGGAGGACCAAAAAUUACGUGGACUACCCCAUCACAGACGUGCUGCAGAUGGUUGGUCGGGCGGGUCGUCCGCAGUUCGAUACAGAAGGGGUUGCACAGGUGUUGUGCCACGAGCCCAAAAAGGGUUUCUACCGCAAGUUUCUCUACGAUCCCUUUCCGGUUGAGAGUACGCUACACAAACAGUUGCAUGUACACAUCAAUGCUGAAAUUGUUGCCGGGACCAUCACGACACGACAGGAUGCCGUGGACUAUCUGACGUGGACGUAUCUUUUUCGCCGGCUUGUGAAGAACCCGUCGUACUACGGCGUGGAGGACCGCUCGCCAAAGGCGGUUACAAUUUUUAUCUCCACACUUGUUGCCAACGUUUUAGACGAACUUGAAGCCUGUGGCUGCAUCGCGUCACCCGGAGAUGACGAGGAGGACGAUGUGAGUCGUAAAGUGACUGGAAUGAGUGCUGCUGGCGGCACUGAUGAUGAAAAGGACCCGGACGCUUUGACGUGUACUGUCCUCGGCAGGCUAUGCUCAUACUACUAUCUCUCACACAAGACCGUCCGUUACUUUGAUGCACACAUUGGGGCGGACAGCUCCCACGUGGAUGUCCUGAAGGCGUUGUGUGAGGCGGAGGAGUUUAAUGAGUUGCCUGUGCGGCACAAUGAGGACAAACUCAAUCUGGUGCUCAGCCAAUUAUUGCCAUUUCCUAUUAAUCCAAACAACGCGGAAUCCCCACAUGUGAAGGCGUUUCUGCUCUUUCAGGCGCACUUUGAGCGGGCUAGUUUGCCCAUUUCAGACUACUACACGGACCUGAAGUCCGCACUUGACAAUGCCGUGCGUGUCGUGCAGGCGAUGGUCGACAUCACGUCAAAUAACGGGCAUCUGUACGCUGCGCUGCGAUGCAUGUCGUUGCUUCAGUGCAUGGUGCAAGGCAUUUGGUGGCACUCCAGCACCCUGCUUCAGAUACCACACGUCACGGCGGGAAUGUUACCAGUGAUUGCUUCACGCUGCGGUAACCUUGAGCACGCGGCGCAGGUUGCAAAUAGUUCCAUCACCGCGCUGCAAACAUUAAAAGCGGUGCUCCGCGAAGACUGUGGCCUGAGUGAGACGCAGCUGCGCGAGGCGAUGGCGGCCAUACAAGGGUUUCCUCUCAUUGAUGUGCGACUCUGUCUCUCCCGCACCCCCGACCGAACCUCCAACAGCGGGGACGCGGAACACUCGGAUGAUGGAUCAAAAACAGCCGCCGAUGUGACCUACACACUGACGGUGCACCUCACACGUCUUUCAGUUCAUAACAAACAUGUCGUGGCCCCGCACUUCACGAAACCAAAGGAUGAGCAGUAUUGGCUAGUGGUGGGCAACGAGAAAACGGGUGAGUUAAUCGCCUUGAAGCGCGUGAACCGGCUUGUGAAUUGUGUGGAGUUGACGUUGAGUUUUGAGUGGGACGACGAGUGGGCCGAGUUUGCAGAGGGCGGCGCGGUGGCUCUCAGUCUGUACGUCGUGUGUGACUCGUACGUUGGGCUCGACCAGCAAUACAACUUCAGCGUGCCAGUGCCCGUGGACAUGUGA